CUUUCCCACCCCUCUCCAACCAUGGGCGGGGGUGGAACAAUGGGAGGAAAAGGAGAUGGAAGCAGGAAAAUGGCAGCGGCGGCUUUAGCGGCGUUUUCGGGGAGCGGCUGUUCGCGGCAGGGCGCCGCGUCCGCAGCCUGCUUCCCCGCGCUGCUCCUGCUUGCGGCGCUUUCGUCCCUGCUCCAGGUUUCAGCUGUGGAGGUAUACACGCCAUCAGACUUUCUUGUGGAGAAUGGGACUGAGGCAAAGCUUCCAUGCACUUUUACUUCCACAGAAGUAAUCAGCAGUUUAGCUUCUGUCUCCUGGAGUUUCCAAGGCGAGGGAUCAUCAUCUCCUGUCUCGUUCUUCUAUUAUUACAAUGGAAAAGCAUAUCUUGGAAAGAGUACACAAUUUGAUGACAGAAGCAACUGGGCUGGAGACCUUAACAGGAAAGAUGCAUCAAUCACUAUAGCAAACAUGCAAUUUCAGGACAAUGGAACCUAUAUCUGUGAUGUUAAAAACCCUCCAGAUAUAGUUGUUACACCAGGAAAAAUCAAAGUCAGGGUUAUGGAGAAAGGUAACUUGUCUGUAUUUCCUCUUACCCUUGUGUUAGGGGUAACCGGUGUUGGCAUUCUAGUUUUAGUUUUCGUCAUCAUACUUAUUGUAUGUGUUAUGAUCAGAAAGAAGAAUUCCAAAAAGCAUUAUUCUGGCUGCAGUACUUCUGAGAGCUUGAUGUCUCCAGUUAAGCAGGCUCCACGGAAGUCCCCCUCCGACACAGAGGUUUUGGUAAACAGCGGGCCCAUCCGAUCUCAUCAGGGACCAGUAAUUUAUGCACAGUUAGAUCACUCUGGAGGGCGUUACAGUGACAAAAUCAACAAAUCCGAGUCUGUGGUCUAUGCUGAUAUUCGGAAGAACUGAGGAGAUUACAACCUAUCCAAAGCUUAACAAAAGUUCAAACUGGAAUCACUUGAAGAAAAUUGACCCAGAGAACUCAUAUGUGGCCUUUGAUGCCUAGACCAAUGCAUGUGCAUACAGAGAGAAAGAGAUUAUAUAUGAACUGUGUGUAAAUAGUCUAUUUAAUCAUACAGAAAUGAGAACAAUGUUGCAUGUUAAAGUAUGAUGAUAAUUCUGCUUAUAAAUGGCCAAUGGUUCAUUAUAUAUUUAGGAAAAGGGGGAAAAACAAACAUUCAUGUUACACCUCUAUGCAAUUUGUCAUUUGCUAUAUGGAAAAACUGGAAAUACUUGGAUAUUCUAAUGAAAUUGGUACUUUUUAUGUUACUUUUGAAACGGACACAAGGACUACUUCUGCAUGAUUUCUCUUAAUAUUUUUGCAUUUUUUACAGAUCUAAUUUUUCAUACAACUUAUGUCUUCUUCCACUCUAAUGUCCUCCUUUUCCAGGAGAGGUAAUCUUUACCUGCGUUAGUUUUCAAUCUAAUGGAGGGGAAAUUUUUGUCUUCAAGGAAUUUACAGGCAAUCUCCCAUAAACAAUCUUUGAGACAUAUAAAAGUUUUAAUCAAGUAAUUUUUAUGGUGCAACAUUAACAAACAUCUUGAGAUUUUUUAUGGCUCUUUUCUCGUUUCAGCAACAAAGAUGAAACUCAGUUACCUCUUUGAGCAAAAUAAGGUGCUAAUUUUGAUGUUCCUUUCUAUAAUCACAAUAGUCUACAUGUAAGAGUUACAAAAGACUGGGUGAUGUUGCAGUUGCAAAAACAAAUGGCUACAAUUUAAUCUUUUAUGGCACUUCAUGGAAGGUAUGAAUAAGGACACUUUUACUGCCAUUAGUUCUUAAAUCUCAUUCAAAUUUACUUUGAAACUUAAAAUAACUGUAUGCAUCUCUACUGUGGAAGAAGUCUGUUCCACUGUCUUUCAUCUUUAUGAUGUUAUUCCUAUCAACUCUAAAUCUGCUCUCCCUCCCGCCCUCUACCUCAGUUUUUCAGGUAUACAUGUGCUAUUAUUGCUUUUUUUCUAAAGUACUUUACAUGUCUACAAUAUCUGCUCAUAUCCAUCCCAGUAAUGGAGUCUCGGUGAGUGGACAAGAAAUGGUUUGGCUGAUGCUGAAAUUUCUAUUUUACGGGGGGGGGGGGGGAUGAGGAGAUUUAGAUGUUAAUAUGGAAGUUAUCUUUUCAAGAAUAUUCUAAUGGGAAGAUUUGCUUCUUUUGUUUGAACUCAUUGAACUUUACUGUGAAUGGUGUUAAAAUAUUCCUUGAUCUUCAUUACAUAAACCAUGUUGACAUCAUACUUUUAGAAUUCCAAAGACAUUUUCCAUCAGUCAUUGUGUUUUUUAAGUUGAGCUGCUUCUUUGACAUAUUUCUUUCUCAACUUCAUCUGCAUCUUGGAACAAUGCAGCACCUCAGAUUUAUCAAGUGACUGUUGUUUCUUGCCUGUCAAUUAAAUCUAUGUCUCUUACAAAAAUAUUACAUUUGAAGAUGAAGAAGUAUAAUUUUUGAACAAGAAGUUGAAUCGUAUAUAAUACUGCAGGUGAACAAAUCAAACAAUUUAAUUCUAAUUUAUUCAGAAAAAAAAUAUAAAAGGUAAAAUCAGUCCCAAUUGUGAACAUAAAAUCCAAUGGUGUCUUUGCUUCUGCUUCUCGUUCAUGAUUUUAUCAAAAAGUGUAACAUUUAUGGGUUUGUGAUCUGCAGGUGUGCCUAUGGAUUCAAGCAAUUCAUAGAUUUUGUCUUGAUUGACAAAGAAUUGAAUUUAGACUCACACAGGUAUGUUGUUGUAAAUGUAAUGACAUGGAAUGCUCCCCCCCCCACCCAAGGCUUGGGAACAUAUCCAGCACUGCACACAAAAAUUCUUCCAAAGUCUUGCUUUCAAAUUACAUUCCACGAGCUGGAUUUGUCCACAAAUCAGUAUGAUUUUCCUUCAGUUCUUCAUCAUCUGGCAUUUGCUGCAAAUUGUAGGACUAUGGAUUCAUAAUCCAUUAUUCUGAAAUCUUUAGAUCUCCAGUAGCAAAAUACCUAUUAAACAAUUCUGACAGUAUUUCUAAAUAAGCCACAAUCUCAUCACACAGUUGGAAUUAUGGAUCCAGCAUCAUCAACCAUCUUGUAAAGUGAAGGAAAAUUUUAGAGAUUGUCUCCUUCCAACCUUUAAGGUAAAAUAUAACUUCAGUCCUCCAAAAAAAACCUGAUUUCUUCCAUCAUUUCAAAGAAGCAGAUUAAAGUUUGUCCUCAUGACAAAAGAAUUUUGUGUGGAAAAGUAAAAUUGAAUUCUCACUUCCCAGAUCUUCACAAAAUGAUUUGAAUAUAUGGUUUAAAGUGUGCCCCUUGAUCAAGUAUCAAGUACUUUCUUUAAAUUUUGAGGCAAUGUUUUGAUGCCAAAGCAUACAGAUGAAGAAAACAAUGGGCAACUUGCAAGUAUAGAAUCUCCUUUUUCACCAAUGCAGAAAAGACAUUUAAACAUUACAGGUCAAUGGACACAGUACCAAUUACUUUGAUAUCUAGAUCAUAUUUAGCAAAGAUAUCUUUGACCAACUGCAUCACAUCCUUUGCAAUUGUGUUGGUUUUCAGAUCUUUACAAAGCAGGAAAUCACUCUUCACAGCACCAUCAUUUACAUUCCUAACGUGAGUUGAUUACAGCUGGAGACAUCAGUUGAUUCAUCCAACUAAAUGGAGAUUUUAAAAGGACUAGGUCUGACAUCUGAGAUGAUUUGGCCCAAAAUAUCUUCACUCAUAUCAAUGAUUUGGUUGUGAAGGACGUUAUUCAGUAGGGGCAACUGUUCAAUAUUUUUCUUGAUUCUUUGCCCAGAUAAUUGUUGCUAUUUCUACUGCACAUGGAUUGGUCAGAUCUUCUGCAAUAGCAUGAGGCUUCUUGGAUUUGGCCACUUUAUAUGCCACUUAGUUUGAAACGAGGUUUUUCUUUUCAACAAAAAAGCAAUCUAAUUUAGGAAGAGUUCCUUGUGAAGCAAAACAAGCUCUUUUGAGUUUUUAGGACCCAGCAUCAUGUCCUUCAAUGUCAGCUGCCUCAUGCUUAUUCUUGAAAUUCUUUUGAAGCUUGGAAUGGCUUCAGAUUUGAAUCGGAAAACACAAUACUGCAAAAAAAUAAAACUAAAAAAUGCACUGGCUCUUUUUCCAAGCCAUAGUAAGUUUCCUGUUAUGCAAGUGAAAUGAAAGCACAAAUA